GUAUCGAUACUUUAUAUUACGGUGAAGGAGUUCUUUUAUAAGAAGGGCGCUAAAACCCAUUGAAUUUGUCAAUAAGAUCAUAUCAGUAUGUAGUGCAUAAUUUAGCGGAUUGUUAUAUCCCGAGAGAAAUAUUUUGUUUUGAAAAUUUGAACUUGGCUAUUGUUUUGGAAAUAUUGACAAAAGAAGGUUAGUAGUAUGUUGGAUAGCUUUCCGUCUUUGAGGGCACAGCCUUUUUACAUAACUGACACAAUGAAGAGACGUAAACAUACUUACACCAUAAACAGUGGAUUAUACAAUCAAUGAAAAUGGAAUUUGGUUAGAUAAUAAAAUUUUAUAAGCUUCAGAAUACAGUCAUUCAAAAGAGUUAUGCUCAGGUUUAAUGAUAUUAGGAUGCAAUAAAAAAAGAUCAAGAUAUGGCGGGCUCAAUGGAUGAAGUGAUAAAAGUUUCAAAGCUUUUAGGCUUUGAUUAUUCAAAAUUUGAAAACACAAAAAAAUCAUCCAUAGAGAAAAAGAAAAAUAUAGGUGAAAAUAACCAAGUGAGAAAUAAGAAAAUUUUGGUCAGCCCUGUAAGAGCUUAUAGACCGGCGAGUGAAAGUUUGACGAAAUCUAAUGCAUUAAUUAAGGACAGGGCAGUUAGCAAAAGUAGACCAGCACUUGAAAAAGGAAUUACUAAAGCCGAUAGUUCAGAAAGGCUCUCUUAUAGUGGCAGAAAAUCAGUUGAUCCAGAAAAAUUAAAUAUAGCUCAAUUAAGGAAAAGUAAAAGUGAAACAAAGAGAAAGGUAUCCAUUUCUGAAGAAACUGAUAAAGGAAAGAGUAGAAGAGAGUUAAAGAAUAAAAGGUACAUCCAUGAAGAUACUGAUCCAGGGAAGAGUAAAAGUGAAAUAAAGGGGGAAAAAUUGUUACCAGAAGAUGAUCAUAGCAAAAAUGAUAGGAAUAAAUUGUCAGAGGAGAAAAUUACGAAGUCUCCAACUAAAGAAAAGCCUUUAAAAGAAAUUCGAAGGAGACUUGAUUUUGAAAAUGAUGAGAUUGGAGAUGAAGUUGCCCCUUUGUCAAGUGGUUUAGAUUUUACAGAUAAGAUAGUUGCACUAAGGUCAUUGAUACAUAGAGACAGAGAGACUAGAGAUAUAUCAGACAGAAAAGCUUACUAUGGGGAAUACAGGUCUAGUCAGAGAAAAGUUAUCAUCUCCAGAAGUGAUUCUCUAAAGGAAAACCAAGAACAAGUUAGUGAAAAAACUGGUUUGGAAAAGGACAAGAUAAGAGAUAUCUUAAGGACUAGAAAAGCAGAUAAUGAAAGGCAAAGAAAAGUGCAAAGUGCUGAUUUAUUUAAAGACAAAAAAUUAGAUGGUAGAUUGUCUGCCAUUGACAUGCAUAUACUUAAAGAAAGGUUAGAAGCUAAACAUGAAGUUGUAAGUGAAAAGAAAGAUAAAAAUGUUGAUCUAAGGAAUGGUUCUGGAGAAGAUAUACUAAGUGACAAAUGUUUAACAGGUGAUUCAUUGUUACAUGCAAGAAAGGACAGAAAAAUAAUUGUAGCAAGUUCAAGAAAGCUUGCAGGAAGGGAAGAAAGAGUGACUGAAACUAUGGAAAAUACUAGUAGGCCAAGUUCGAGGCUUGAAGCAAAAGAAACUCAGACUAGCCAAUUAAAUCAAUCCAUAAGAAGUGUUCAAAGUAAUGUACCAUUUUAUGAACCAGUAGGUAGACCAGUGAGUGCUCCAGUUUUAAAUUGUGAACUCUCUGUCAGUAAGAGAAGGGUGGUUGCAAGAAACAGGGAUAGAGGUAUAGGAGGAAUAGAACCUGGCAUUAACGUAAAAAAUGCAGACAUAGAAUCCCCAUCUAAAGAUGAUAGGCAAACUAAUAUUGAUAAUUUUGUUGGAACAAGUUUAACUCCAGAGAAAUUAAAGCAUAGACGUCAGUUUGAUAUAAAUGAAAAAAAGAAAGUUUUAGAGUUAAAUGGCAUAACUUCAAGUAGGGAAAGAAGAAGUUCAGAACAUAUCAAACAAAGGCAUGACCCAGGAAAUCAUAGGCCAAAUUCAAGGACUAGUAAUAGAGAUGAAGAUAUUUUAAAUAUGAAUGGUACUAUAGGAAGGAAAUAUAGAAAUUCUGAAAGUCAGUCUAAAAGUAAUAAUGCAGAAAACAAAGUCCUUGAUAGUCGGUAUGAGAAAAAUUUAAAAGGUACGAGUAAAAGUGAAAAGAAAGUACGAGAAUGGAUUAAAAAUCAGGAAAAACUCAUGAAAGGUAAUUCUGUUGAUAAGGAUGAGAUGUUAAUGGAAGAAUUGAAUGUGUGUAUAAGUUAUCCAGUAAGCUCCCCAACACGCAUGCAAAAAAGUCCAUCAGACAGUUGCGACAAAAUACCCAUAAAACUUGAGAAAACAAAAAAUGAGAAAUCGCAUUCAUUGAGUCCCAAAGCUGCUUAUGGAAUAAUUCAGCCUAAUGCCGGAGAUUGUACAAAUAGGCCUUUGAGCAGGCAGGAUAUUUUUGAUAGGCUAGAGCAUAUAACAAUGGCUGUCGUUACCCAAAAGCACCAGCUUGAACUGGAGAUACCGGUGAAGGAUAUACAGGUUAACCAGAAAUCUCCGGCUAAAACAGGAUCUCGUACUCCAGAAACUCCGUCCAUUAGAAACAUUCAGGGAAAACCAGCAGAAAAUUGGGAUUCGGCCAGUACAGAGGCAGCAAAACCGACUAGAUCAUCAGUGUUCAGUCUACCAUUCUCUAUAAGAUCUGGAGAGUCAGUCUCGUCUACUUGCCAAGCUGUUAAGUUGCUACGCCGGCUGUACAAUGUUGAUGAAGAAACGAGACAGAAUUUGGUGCUUAUGGCAAAAUGUUUCCGGCGUUGGUUCAACAACGUGUUACAUGCUAAGGCAAGAAACUUUGAGAUCACUCAAGCUGCAAAGAGAGUCAGCCCGAUCAGCUAUGGUGUUAUGUUGCGGAAGGGAGACACCUGUUACAGAACCAAUGUAUUGUCCUACUACUUUAACGUAUGGAAAACUGCGAGCAGAAAUGCUGGGCUGCACAGGCAAGUUGAGCUUCUACAUCGGCGACACACACUACAGAAGGGAAUGAAUGCAUUUAAAUGGGCAAUCAACAGGUCAAAAUUACAACAGGGUAUUCUUCAGGACAGGAUUAACAUCAUGUUGCUACAGUCUAUAUUUACCAAGUGGAAAUAUCGCACAUUAGAAAACAGACGUCUACGACUUCAACAAGCAUUCUUCAGAUGGAGACAGUUCACAAAGGAGGCUCAAAAUUUAAGAGAGAGAGGAAAUUUAGCAAGUGUUGAGUUGGAUGAUUUACCUAUCACCCCCAUACAGAGGAUUCGUAUGUUAAGGAAUCAGAGCAAUAUGCGAUUAAAGGAGAGAGUUUUCCUUGAAUGGUAUAACACAUACCAGAGAUGUCUGAAGCAGCAUAAGGCAGACAUGCACGCAAGACGAGUGUUGCUGGCACAGGGUUGGUCAUCAUGGCGAUGUUACACACUACUAUCGAAGGAGAAGAAGCAAAGACAGGCUCUUGCAGUUCGUUUAUUCCAGUUUACACUACAGAGGAAAAUGUUUACAUACAUGAAGGUGGAAUUUUCCAAGUAUAUUGUGGCAAAACAGUUCCAUAAAUUGUCGCAGUUGAAGGUUGCCAUGAUAGCAUGGAAGGCUGGUACCGAGGUCAGUAAGAGCGAAAGAGAGGAGGACAUGCGUGUAGCAGAGAUCUACUGGUCACGAACAUCAUUAAGAUCUCACUUCACAGCAUGGCGAGAUUCACUACUGACCAACAAGGCUUGCAGGAUGUGUGAUAGCAAUUUCAUGAGGAAUGCCUUCUGCAUGUGGAAGAGACGUUACCAAGAGCUUGUCGAAAGACGUGAAGCUGUCGACAUGUAUAUCAGACAAAAGGUCCAGACCAGAGCUUUCCAACACUGGUACACUUUUGUAGUUGUAAUGAAACAGCGACGAGCUGCGGCAGUCGAGUGUUUGCAAUCAGUGUUACAGAGACGCAUGUUUGAGCGGUGGCACUGGUUCACUAUAUGCCAGCGAAAUCUCAGGAGACGCUUACUGUUACAUGUACGCAAACACAACUUGGAUACUCAGAGACGCUACCUCUCUGUAUGGAGGUCACAUUUCAAGGUCAAAUGUGAUGAAAAGAAGGCACAGCAACUUUGGUCUAACUCUUGUGCAAGGAGAGCAGCCGAGUCCUGGAGACUGGUGUGUCACAGAAGAAAGUUGGCCAGACUUCUUAUAGAUACAGAACCUGUCAGACAACUCAACACACAAAGAGUUUAUUUCCUGCAUUGGAAAGCCAAAUUUGAAUUGAUAUUGGAAGAGAAACAGGAAGCCUCAGAUGUGCGUACGAUUCUCGAUAGCUCUAAGCUCAAACUAUACUUUGAAAAAUGGAGUACGGACACACAACAACGUCUUCUGAUCAAACCCAUGGUGCUAAGAUAUAGACAAAGGCUUGUUACACAGUGUUUCCAAGGUUGGAGACAGUAUGUUGUUCACAAGGCUAGGUGCCUCAAGAGUGAAAAUUCUCUGCUCAGGGUCAGGCUGCAGAACAAGUUCAAAGCUUGGAGGAGACAAUACCAAGUGCAUCAAAUAGAGAAAGAUUUGAACAAGAAAAGGUCACAGCGCUGGACAUUACGCUGUUUACAAGGCUGGCGUUUUGUCAUACAACGUAAACAUAGAGCGCAGCAGUUCCAUGAAAAGCAUUUAGUGAAAACUACAUUUGUUCACUGGAGUACACUUGCACUAAGAAGAGUGAGAGAAAAAAGAUUACAGAAGAUGGAGAUGGAGACUGUUAUGGGUCUGUUGCAGAAGUAUUUCACGUUGUGGAAAGAGAGGUUGUAUAUGCAGCAGGGUGAAGAGGAGGACAACGUAACAUACCUGCAGCAGCAGAUAGAGACCAACAAGGUCAAGGUCGCAUUCUAUUUUUGGAGAAGACAUUUCAGAGCAACUCUUAUUGCUAGAGAGAAUGAAAAGAUACGUAUACGCAAGUUGGCAAAGCAAGCACUACAAGCAUGGUUUGUUUAUACCCAGAAUUCCCUACAGGAAGCUGUGGAAAAAUUUGCAGCUGCCAUUGGUUUACAUCAAGAUGAGGAAGAAGCUUGCAUUGAUCAGGAUCAGCAGGAGCUUGACAGUAACUGUAACAGUUACGAUAGAGCAGAGGAUCAGCUACUGGGAAGAGGUGACUCCAUAGAGAUGUUGAACUUUGACUUGGAAAUGACACCUAAUUCAAUGACACCAAGAACGCCAAAGACCCCUAGAUCCAUGACCCCAAGGACCCCUAAAUCCAUGACUCCAAGAACACCUCUCACACCACGUGCAAUAGCAUAUGGAACACCAUCCAGGAGGUUGUAUUCACCGUCACCAAGUCACCUGAGUUUGGCACAGUCCCUAGAGUUUGAUGCAGGUGCUUUGACAAGUUCAAGCUUCCUAGAUGCCAGGUUUGAGAUGGAACAUGCUGUGAAAAUAGAGAGCAGAAGAGAGAUUGUUGUAACUGUUGUUAACAGACUAUGGCAUUGGCCUGUGAGCAUCGUGUUUGAACAGUGGAAGGAGUACACAGCUCGGCAGUCAGAGUUCAAGCUGCUAACUGCUCAGAUGAUCCGUGUACAGCAGGGGCUUGCAUUGAAACAGUAUUUCAACUCAUGGGUACAGCACUAUAGAGAGAUGAAGCUAGCCAAGCAGCAUUAUGAACAAGUGUUACAACACAAAGCCUUACUAAGCCUGAUACUGUAUAGAAAUAUGUGUAGAGAGAAGAAACAUAUGAAUACUAUAGCCAGGUUACACUAUGCCAGAAAAGUCUACACGGCCAUUUUCCCAAUCUGGCUUGCAAAGGCACAAGAAAAACAACAUGCAGAGAAAAUUGUUUAUCUCUGGACAAACAUCACUGAUGAGGAAAGACAACUCAUACCUAGAGAGCGCUCAUUCUGUUACAGGCUCAAUAAGAAAUCUCUCAAGGAGUGUUUCACAGUGUGGCAAAAUAAAUACCGCAAGAUUAGCAAACUUAAGAAAGUUUACCACAAGAUUUUGUACCAGAGAUAUUUUGGAGCCUGGUGCAGUUGGGCAUUAGAAAGACAUGAAAGACAAGUAAAGUGCGAACAGUUCAGGGAUGACAGAAGGAAAAAGCUGGUGUUCAAGACAUGGUGCUUACGUCACACUCAAAAGAAGGAAGUUGAAAGAAGAUACGAGGAUACUUGGCAUAACUAUCUUGUAACGGUCUUGCAAUCAUGGCAUCAGUGGGCUCAUGAUCAAAGAAGGAGAAAAUUGAUAGCAGUCUAUGUAACACAGACAAGAGAAAAGCAUCUUGUAUCUAGAAUGUUUGUCCAGUGGAAGAUGGAAUCAGAGAAACACAAGCUGGUCACAGAGAUGUAUCAGACCAGACUCUCCACUAGGGUACUUCAUGCAUGGCAGAGUGUAGCAGCAUGGCAGAAAGAUCUCAAACAGAGACAGUUACAGUGUCAGCUCAUGUCCUAUACUGCUCUUGCAAAGAGAGCAUUGAGGCAGUGGUACACCUGUUAUCAACAGCAGCUACAAUUACAUGUCCAACAUGAACAGCUGUUACAGCAGAGGGUGCUAUGUCUAGCCACACACUGGAGGAAGAAAGCACAGAAAACACGCGGCCACAAGCUUCACCAGCAGUUCAAGAGUCAAAAUAUGGGAAGAAUGUUUGUUAAAUGGAAGGCAGCAUAUAGGAAGAAUCUUGAUCGAUAUGACAAGCUUGAAGAGUACCUGAACCAGAAGCACCAGCAGCUCACAUUGGUGUGUCUGGAGACAUGGAGAACCGAGUUAAUGUGUAUACAAGCCCACAGGGUGUUCAGUAUGAAACUGUUGACUACCCUCCUGUGUAACUGGAAGCUAGCUGCCAGAGGUUGUCGUCAGAGAAGAGAGGCCCUUAAGAGGUACACAGUAAAGAAGGAGCAACACACACAAAAGGUGUUCUUCCUGUAUUGGUAUAAUGUUGCCAAGGCUAGGAAAUCUAUACGAGGGCAUGCUAACCUAAAGAUUCAACUGACUGUCUUCAAAUCAUGGCUAGUAUACACACGCAAGAAGAACAACUUACGUAGAUUAGAGUCGGCAUUUACUCGUAAACGUAAUCUACGCAUUCUACAAAACCACUGGUACCUUGUGAAAACAAGAUUUGAUUACUGUGUAGAACUAUCUAGCAUGGCAAACAGGGUGAUACAUGACAAAAAUACAACAUUGAUGACACAGGCUCUGCAACAUUGGGCUUUCAGAUUAAAGAUUGUGAUAGCAGAUGAGUGCCAUGAACAUAUUCUUGCCAAACGUACUGCCAGUAGAUGGCGCCAGUUUGUGAUGCGGAAAAGGCAGGAGCGACAGCAUAUGAAGGAACAGAUGGAGAAAGCUGUUAAGUUCUACAACAAACAAUUGUGCAAUAAAGUGUAUAGAAGUUGGUUUAAUGAAGUGUUGGCAACAAGGCAAGUGGAGAAGAGAAAAACACGGCUGUGCCGUAAAUAUGGUCAACUAUGGAAACACAAGACGGACAUGGCAUACACUGCAAAAUGUGUGAGAAAAGAAAACUUGUGUGCAGCAGCAUGGAGAAUAUGGCAUCUCGAAUUUGUCAGGAGGAAAACUAUCAGGAAGGUGGAAGCAUUUGAGAAGAAGCAGCAACUUACCAUGAUAUUUAUUUCCUGGAAGAACCUGUGUAAGAAACGUGCGAGGAAGAUUUCCAUGAUACCGCUACCAGUGUCGCCUGCAUAUAACAUGCCAUCAGCAGGAAGUAGUGGUUCCUCUACGCCAACAGAUGAACUGUUUUCCCCAGUGUUCAACAAACCAAGCCAGAUACCCACUCAGAUUCCGGUCAAUAGAAGGAAGAAAUCUCUCAGUGCCAAAAACUCGCCAACAGGAUCUAUGGAGAAAUUGUCAACACACAAUACUGGAAGAAGGGGCUCUAUAUACUGAAAGCAAUUUUUGUAAUGCUAAGGGGGGGCAGAAAUUUUUUAUGAAUAAUAGAAAAUUUUAAUGAAAAUUAAGAUAUUUUCCUAAUUGUUAAAGAUAUUGCUGGUACCGGUAUAUGAUAUCAAGUAAAUGCAGCAAUAGGUUCUUCACAUCCGAUACAUGUGGAGAAGUUUUGUGCAGAUGGUGGAGAACAAGCGAGUACUGGCACAGACUCUGUGAACCCUGGCCAGGCAAGCUGACUGCUGUUCCAUCACAAAACAUGACUUAUGUUUUCGAUUUGUGGAAAUAUGCUAAACUUUAUUAUUGAAUUAGUAAAUGUCUUUCAAUAUCAAAUUGAUAUUUCUUCCAAAGAAAAUUUAAACCUCAUCCAUUUUUGAAAAUAACCCUUAUUGUAUCAUCAGUUUCAAAUAAAUGUAUUUGUUGUGUGUUCUAGCAUAAAACUGCUUUUGUCCUGUUGAAGGGAUGUUUUAACUAGGGAGUAAAUGCGUGUUAACAAAGGUAUCAUAUACACACAUUUUUUUUUAUUUUGCACAUUCAGUGGUGAAAUAUGAAAAGUGCAACUGCCCUGUAAUGCAUAGUUAAAACAAGCAUGAAGGAAAUAAAGGCUUAGCAAGAUAAUAUUAAUUUGAUUUAGCUUUUUACAUGUUAGAAUAGGGUUAAUGCAAGUUUGUUUCCUGUUAUAGCAACUGAAGAAUUCCUCGAGGUAUGAAAACUACCGGUAUAUCAUGCAUUAUCCCUAUGUUGUUAUCCUAUAGUGCAUUUGCAUAUUAUAUACCAUGCUUCACAGAAAACCUAGUAUUCAAUUCAUUACCUAGUCAUUUUGUAUGUGCUUGUCUAUGUAUAUAUAAUCAUAAUUUAUUUUACACUUGAUAUUUUUUUAUCAUAAGACAAUUUUUUUGCUUUAAACCUGUAGAUUUAUUAUUUUUCUAAUUGUUCAUGUACAGAUAAAACCAUGUAUGAAUGUUAUUUCAGGUUUUAUCUUCAACUUUUAAUGAUUCAUAUUUCAUUUCUUGUAUAAAAGUGCUUUUUACCAUGUCUAUCACAAUGUUCUGCUAUACAUUAAAUGUACAGCAGAUAUAUUUUAGAUGGAUGCCAAAGAAAAAUCUGUGAUAUCAAGGAAACUUUUAUUUUUUAAUGCUCAUUCUGUGUGCCCCAUAGCUUUUUUUUAAAUGGAUCUGUGGAGCUUUUGGUUUAUUAUGUUAACCAAACUUAUGAUCUGCUGUUUAGAUACUGAUGGCAGAAUACUCCCCAAGUUUUAUAAACAAUUCUUUUAAUUUUGACAGAUACUUUAAAUAGCCAGUCUGGUAAACUCAAUAUCUAGAAUACAAAACUUCAAACCAAAAGUUAACAUGUUCGAAUUCCAUGCGAGGCUUACCACAGAAUCAUUUGAACUGCGCCAUGAGAAAACAAACAUAGUGGCUUUGUAACCAGCAUGGAUCCAGACCAGCCUGCGUAUCUGUACAGUCUGGUCAGGAUCCAUGCUGUUCGCUUUCAAAGUCUACUGCAAUUAGAGAAACUGUUAGCGAACAGCAUGGACCCUGACCAGAUUGCACGGAUGCUGGUCGCAAACCCACUGUGUUAGUUUUCUCAUUGUGCGGCUCAUGUAGUUUUGUGAGCAGGAAAUUUUGUUUUAUUUAUUGAAGCAACCACAAAAAUUGUCCUCCCAACACAUUACAUGUAACUAUUUCACAGUAUGUUCUUCAUAAAGAUGGACUGAAGACAAUGUUCUAGCUUGUUUGUCAUCUGACUAUGUGUGCAGAAAGUUUCAAUUGCUUAGGGUUAACAGGUCAUUACUAGAACAGAAUCUAGGAAUACAUGUUUGAUUAUCUUCUUCAUUCACACUCAUUUUGGGACCAGAUUAUGUAUUGUACAUCUUUUAUUUUUGGGACCAUACUAUGUAUCAUACUUUUAUUUAGGGACUUCUUAGAGUUGAUAUUAUUUAUUGACUUUUUCUAGUGACCGCAACAGAAUUAUACGGUUAUGCCUAAUGUGAUAAAACUACCAAAGCCAGUUCUAGUAUUUUGUUUUGUAUAAAACUGUAUUGCCAUACCAUUUUUAGCUCACCUGUCACAUAUUGACAAGGUGAGCUUUUGUGAUCACCCUUCGUCCGUCGGUCAACAAUUUCUUGUCUGCACGAUAAUGGUUUCAUUUAUGGUUUUAUUUUAACCAAACUUGCACACAACAUGUAUCACCGUAAGAUCUCGAUUGCUUUCUUGAACUGGCCAGAUCCCAUAAUGGGUUCCAGAGUUAUGGCCCCUGAAACGGACAAAAUUAGCUAUUUUGACCUUGUCUGCACAAUAGCAGCUUUAUUUAUGAUUUGAUUUUUUACCAAACUGGCACACAACUUGUAUCACCAUAAGAUCUUGUUUCCUUUCUUGAACUGGCGAGAUUCCCCUUAGGGUUCCAGAGUGAUGGCCCCUGAAAGGGCAGAAUUAGCUAUU